AUGGAUCAAAAUUGUAUCAUUACUAAUGUCAAAAUGGGCAAACGUCGCAUGACCAUCGGUGCCUUGGCGACAACGGGCGUCGAUUCUUGCAUUGCUGUGGCAACUGUUUCCUAUGGUGCAAGCAAUGUUUUCAUCGGUCAUUAUUCCACGCUGCCGAUCAAAGGUUUUGGCGAAUCGAUCACAUUGGACAGUGUUCGGAAAUUUAUGGAGGAAAUCGCGGCGGCUGUACACGGUACAUUUCCGCUCGAUUCACUAGAAACGGUUUUUCUUAUCGGUGGUUGGGAUACCAAACCGUAUUUACAGCUACAGAGCUUGUUGAGAGUAUCUGCAAUAAUGAAAACGUACUUUAUUCGGAAGAUCGACGUGAAUACGGAUGACAAAGUCGAUAAUUGGGUCUGUCAGUUCGAUUUGAUCGUCGAUCGUGUCACCGUACCAUCGGUCUUCAUCCUUCUACAAUACGUGAAUGUUGAAAUGAACGACGAAGCUAAGAAACUAGUGGCAAUAUUAGAAUACGAGGUGAGCGAAUGUCAAUUGAAGAAAAUAUUUCAUGCACCAUUCGAACUCAACCAACCUCCCAGGACGAUCGUUCCUGGAAGCAGUAUUCCGCUUAUUUCCCGUGAAAACCCGGAGGAUAUUUAUAGUAUCCGCGCUGGAAACCACGAGAAAAUACUCGGAAUCCCACUGAAGGAACCGCGUCGUCAAUGUACAGCAUCACAUCCUCGUGAGUAUCGUGAUGAAGAUCAUCGUUCAUCUCAGUGGUCUACCCGUCUUCGAUUGUUGAGCAUUGUUGCGCCUCAACCGUACACGCGCGUCACCUUAUCGUUCUACGAUUUUUUGUUCACUUACUAUAUAGACGAAAACAAUGAAAUCAAACGCAAUAUCUUCGAAAUAGCUGCUGAAGACAUAGUAAUGAUGGAUGAUGAUUUAUCAUGGUUAUCCCCAUCGACAUCAACUGAAAGUUCAUUAUCAUCUUCAUUAAUUGAAUAUUCAUCAUUAUUAAAAUUUUAA